AUGAGAGUCCUCUGCGUUGCCGAAAAACCGUCAAUAUCCAAGGCGGUAGCUGAUCAUCUCUCUGGUGGCAGUAAGCAAAUGUUCAUCAAGAAUUACUCCUUCGACUUUGACUUUGGCCAGCCAUGGGGACGGUGCAAUGUGACCAUGACCUGUGUGACCGGGCACUUGACCGGCAUGGUGUUUCCUUCAGCCUUCAACAACUGGGCCUAUCCACCUCCAGAGAGCUUGUUCAACGCUGAUGUUCUCACCCAAGUAGACGACGAUAAGAAGAGCAUAGCUGCCAACAUCGAGUCGCAAGCUCGUUCCUGCCAAGCCCUUGUCAUCUGGACCGAUUGCGAUCGUGAAGGUGAACAUAUUGGAAGCGAAAUUCGGGCCGCCGCGCUCAAGGGCAACAAAAACAUCCAGGUCAAGCGGGCGAGAUUCAGCAACAUUGAGAGGGCACACGUCCUAUCGGCGGCCCGCCACCUUGUCAUGCUCGACGAGCGACAAGUUCACGCCGUGGAGGCUAGGAUAGAGCUGGACCUCAGAAUCGGGUUUGCCUUUACCCGGUUCAUCACCAACUCCCUCCGAGCGCUUGGUGGCCCCCUUGAGGACAAGGUCCUCAGUUACGGCGCCUGCCAGUUCCCCACCCUAGGGUUCGUCGUGGAACGAUAUUUUCGGGUCAAGGACUUUGUGCCAGAGACCUUUUGGUCGAUCAAGGUUCGGUAUAACCGGAAGGGCAUCGAUGUCAAUUUCAGCUGGGCGAGGAGCCGCCUCUUCGACAGGCUUUCCGUCAUCAUUCUGUACGAGCGGUGUCUCAGGGCCAAGAUCGCCAAGGUGACCAAGGUGCAAGAACGGCCAACGAAGAAGUUCAAGCCUCUACCUCUUACUACAGUAGAGCUGCAGAAAGCGGCCACGCGAAUGCUUCGCAUGACUGGUCAACAAGCUAUGAACAUUGCCGAAUCUCUGUACAAUAAGGGGUUUAUCAGUUACCCCAGAACCGAGACAGAUCGGUUCGACAAAGGUAUGGAUCUACGGGCCCUGUGUGCUAAGCAGGUUCAGGACAAUCGCUGGGGCGGGUUUGCCCAAGGACUAGUCGAUGGACGCUUCAGCCAGCCAAGAGAGGGACGAAACGAUGACAAGGCACACCCGCCCAUCCACCCGGUCACGUACGCCGCACCUACAGUCCUAAGCCCUGACGAGGCCCGCUUAUACGAGUACGUUGUCAGGAGGUUUCUUGCCUGUUGCUCGGACGAUGCCAAGGGACUCGCUACAGACAUCGAGAUCGACUACGGUGGUGAAUCUUUUUCCGCUCACGGCGUCAUCGUCCUGGAGCGGAAUUACCUAGACGUAUUUGUCUACGAAAAGUGGAAUAGCAGCGCGGAGCUGCCCAAGUUCGUCGUGGGCGAGCAGUUCCAGCCAGCCGAGGCCCUGAUGACGGAAGGGCAGACGUCGAAGCCCAACUACUUGACCGAGGCCGAUCUGAUUGCCUUGAUGGAUGCCAACGGAAUCGGGACGGAUGCCACGAUGGCGGAACACAUUCAAAAGAUUCAAGACAGGCAGUACGUAGACGUCGUCAACUUACGGGGUAGCCAGGGAGAUGGUGAUGAUGGAGAUGUCGAAGAGGCGCCCGCUACGCGGGGAGGACGGGGUGGAAGAGGUAGUCGUGGUGGCCGUGGAGGCGCUCGGGGCCGGGGUGGCGGAGCCGGGGGCGGCUCUGGAGGCCAAGGAAAGAUGGGAAAAUACUUUGUCCCGACAAAGCUUGGAGUGGCUCUUAUCCUGGGGUUCGACCGUAUGAACUUUGAGACAAGUCUGGGUAAGCCCUUUCUACGCAGGGAGAUGGAAAUGAAGAUGAAGGCCAUCUGCGAGGGUCGUACGACCAAGGCAGCCGUGCUUCAGGAAAGCAUUGGCCAGUAUCGCCGGGUGUUUAUCCAGUCCCAGGAAAAGGUCAACGUUCUCAAGACUGUAGGUACCCAGGCUCCCUCCUGCUCUGUUGCCACCCCCAUUUCAUCUCAUCCCAUCCUCGCCGGGUUCCUUUUUGCUAAUCUCGGGUUUCCGUUCAAUGAUUUACAAGGCCUGUCGAGAGUUUGUGUUUGGCUGAGAAUGUUCUCGAGGAUGGCGCAACUCGUCAUCGCCUGA